GCGUUUCACUGAGUAAUUGUCAAAGAUACCACAUAAUUUAAGGGUUUUAAUCAAUCAAAAUGAAAAUUCUAUAUUCCUACCACCUGAAAUUACAAUAAUUAAUUUAUAAUUGUCCUCAACCUAUAAAAACCAAAAAAGGAAAUUUUAUACCAAAACAGAAAGAGAAAAAGGGAAGUGAUCGAUGCCGACGCGCUUAUAUUAGUUAUGUAUAUUCUCUAAAAAAAAAUAGUUAUCUCUUUCUUCUCUGUGUUCAGAACAUGAUUCGUCCCCAUGUGGAGCUGAGCGACUUCAAACAUGAGAGACGUUCAGGAAGCUACCCAAACUCAAUCAUCAUCGUCGUCGACACAAUAUCUGAUGAGAUUCAAGUUUCUCCAAGCGUUCGCGUAGAUAUAAGUCUCCCUAGUUACUUAGGUCGUCACCACAUCCGAAGGCUCAUCCAAGAUCAACUCAUCAACCGCCGUUGGUUAUCACCGAAGAUCUGAAGGACUGCAACCAAGUUAGGGUUUAGCCGCAGAGAGGUUCUCCAAAAUCAGUUCGCUAGCCACCGUUGGUUGUCUGAUAAAUUAGCCCCAGAGAUCUCAGAGAUUGCAGCAACGUUAGGUUUUGGUUGUAACGGUUUAGGUGUGACCAUCACUGUCAAGAUAACCCCUUCUCCAUCGAAGGAAGAGGUGUUAACGAGGAUGGUUCAACUAGGGAAGAUGAGCAAAGAGGAGUUGAAGACUUCUAAGAUGGAAACAGAACCGUGUUCUAUUUGUCUGGAUAGUUUUGUCUCCGGUAAACACGGUGUCUCUACACGCAUGACCUGUUCUCAUGUCUUCCAUGAAAAAUGCCUCUUGGUGUGGUUUCAACGCAGAAACACUUGCCCCUUGUGUCGGACUGUGCUGUACGAUCGAUUGAUGAUUGGGAACAAAGGGAGUAGAAAUUAGGGUUUCAUCUAUUGAUUCAAAACUUGGGUCACACGGUUUAUAUAUUGUUAUAUGUUAUAAUUUCCGUAACUGAUUUGUAAAUUUUGUGUGUUUGAAUCAGUUCAAGAUGUUUAAAUUUUGAAUAACAUCAUUACUUCUUAUUACAUAAAUUUACAGUCAUUCACAAUUCAAUGGUUU